GACAACCACUGCCAACUUCGGUUCACGGGCACUGCAGCCAUCUCCAAAUUAGCCUGGAUGUACGCGGGUGUGCGCCUGCCUGUGCCUGCGUGCGCGGCCACCUACACGGAUCUUUCCGUAGAUGCGUGAUCGUAGUGAAUAAACCAUAAGCGGUAUUGUGCAUUGUUGACUGUAUUUAUACAGUGAUAAUGUCUGAGGACGAGGUUGAAAGUUUUGAAAUUACCGAUUAUGAUUUGGACAAUGAAUUUAACAUUAAUAGACCUCGACGUAAACUGUCUAAGAAACAACAGAUGCUUGGCAUCUGGGCUGAUGACAGCGAUGAAGAAGAUGUCCCUGCAAGACCAUCGUUCAAAUCAUACGACAAAGGUCCCAAAAAUUAUACUGCUCCUGUUAGUUUUGUUGCUGGAGGGAUUCAGCAAGCUGGCAAACCAAAAGAGGAACAGUCUAAAGAAGGUACGAAGGAUGAUGAUGACGAUGAUGAUGAGGAUGACGAUGAUGAUCAGAGAGGAUCUAGAAGAAGAGAGUUUACAUUAAAUUCAUCAAGUGAUUCGGAUACUGGAACCCCUAGAGAAAGUAGAUCAAGAACUCAGCAACCAAGUUUUUCAAUAAAUUUAGACAGUGAUGUAGCAGGAUUAAGAAGAAAGAAAGCUCCGAUCAACCCUCUGUUGAUGAAGAGUGGAGUUGGCAGUUGGGAAGUACAUACCAAGGGUAUUGGAGCAAAGCUUUUGCUAAGAAUGGGUUUUGAACCUGGUAAAGGUUUGGGUAAACAGUUGCAAGGAAUAAGUGCUCCCGUAGAGGCUCACUUGAGAAAAGGCAGAGGAGCAAUUGGUGCAUAUGGGCCAGAGAAAGUUGCAAAGGUUCCCGAGAAGAAAAAAGAUGAGGACAUUGAAGAAGCUAAGGCUUUCAAAGCUAAAUUAUCCCAGUGGCGAAAGGGUGGUGAGGCUGGUACUGUUAGUAGCAAGAAACGGUCUCGUUAUGUUUAUCGAAGUGUCGACCAAGUACUAGAAGAUGGAAAAUCGAAACCAGAGAGAAAAGUUCCUACGAGCAGUGAGCUUAGUCGAGUCAAAGUGAUAGACAUGACAGGACCAGAGUGUCGUGUGUUGAGUGGAUAUCAUGCUAUAGCUGGUGGACAACGGCGUCCUGACGAAGGAACACUGACUACGGAUAGCAAGACCAGACUAAAUUUCUCACUGCCAGAAUUACAGCAUAAUCUCGACCUUCUGGUGGACAUGUGUGAACAGGAUAUUAUCAGAAAUGAUAGAAGAACCAGAUAUCUUAAUGAUCGUGUAGUUGCCCUUGAGGCUGAGAACAAAAAUCUGACAAAAGUGGUUGAUCGACAUGGACAACUCAUUGUUACCCUAGAAAACGUCUUGGCUGUUGUCGAUAAAUUAACUGAUGACUCCAAUGAUCUCUCCCUUGAAGAAAUUGCAAUGGCUUUUAGAAACUUGCAAGAUUCUUACUACGAAGAAUAUAAAAUGUAUGAACUAGGAGAAUUGGCUGGCAGUUUAGUCAGUGUUAAAGUCAAGGAUAAGUUAGCUACGUGGAACCCUCUUAUGCAUCCCAAGGAAUAUAUGGAAGUAUUCAGUGAAUGGAAGGACAUUUUGGAAACUGGAAGAGGAACCCUGAGUCACUCUCAGACUAUGCAUCCUUACGACAGACUGAUAUGGACUGCAUGGAUGCCAUCAAUCCGUGGUGCAGUACAACAGUGGAUUUCUAAACAACCAGAUCCUUUGAUUGAACUCAUAGAAUAUUGGAUACCCUUACUUCCCAGUUGGAUUUUGGAAAAUAUAAUAGACCUUCUAGUAUUACCUAAACUCACUUUAGAAGUCGAAGAAUGGAAUCCAUUAACAGAUACUGUCCCGAUCCACACCUGGAUCCAUCCUUGGCUUCCAUUGAUGCGUAAUCGUUUGGAUUCUCUUGUCUAUCCGAUAAUCCGGAGAAAGCUUGGUUCAGCAAUGGGUGGUUGGCAUCCAUCUGACAGAUCAGCUAGACUGAUGCUGCAACCUUGGGUUGAUGUAUUCGAUAAGGGUGACAUGCAAGCUUUCCUAGUGAAGAAUAUAAUACCAAAACUAGAGGACGCGUUAUUACAAUUAGACAUAAAUCCUCAUCAGCAGCAUCUGGAUAAAUGGAAUUGGGUUUAUGAAUGGAAAGAAAUGUUAUCGGUCCAUGCGAUGGCUGGGCUGCUUGAUAACCAAUUCUUUCCUAAAUGGCUACGUGCUUUGGCAAUUUGGUUGAGUCACAUGCCAAGUUACGAACAAGUUAUUAAAUGGUAUAUGGGAUGGAAGAGUAUGUUUAGUGAAAAAUUAUUAGAUGAACCUAGGAUCAAAGAUCACUUUAAAAAGGCCCUAGAGAUGAUAAGGAAUACUCUAGUUGAACCUCAAGCUCGACCACCAGGACCAAUUGAACAGGUUCCUUACAUGACGAAUUUAGAUCAAAUGCCGUCCAUGUCUCAAAUACCAACAAUGGCGCAACAGAGAUUUGUAUCGCUUUCACGAACCAUGACGCAGACUCCUAGAGAUUAUAAAGAUUUUGUACAAGAAAAGUGUGAAGAGCGCGGUAUACUCUUCAUGCCUAUUUCAAAUAGAUAUAAAGAUGAUAAACAAGUAUACAAACUCGGAAACGUGCAAGCAUAUAUUGACGGAGAAAUGCUCUUUGUAUCUCGUGGAAGUGGAACUUGGGCACCGAUACAAUUAAAUGCUAUCCUGGAAAUGGCAGAACUUUGAGAACCGUAUGUGUAGAUGAGGCUCCAAUAAACGUCACGCAAUGUGCGAUUGGAGGGGAUGCAUCAUUUCAAUUUUAUAUACUGAUUGUGAUAGUUGUGGGAUACCACGUCUUCUAUUUAUUUCCGAAAAUUUGUAUGUCAAUAACAAAUCAGGUUCCAAGUUGUACAGUUAAUAGACAAUGUGUCUUCUUUACAAAGAUGUACAAAUAUUAUUACUUUUUCCUUGAGAUAGUUUUCUCUCUUUAUGUCAAUGCUUACAGCAGUCAGAUAUAGAUUAUUGUGAACUAUUUCUUGAAUGUUUUAUAAAAUAUAUUAAUUCUAUAAUA